AUUUUUGUUUUCUAUCUUCUCCUUAACAGGUGCACUUGAUUGAGAGAGAAAGGCAGACUGCAGUUGUGGUCUCGAAUUAUGCCUUACAGAGAGUCCUUCGCCUGGGCUAUUGUUCCUUUAUUUGAUAAUAGCUUUGGUGCAGCUUCUGGUGGAUCUGCUUCUCCUAGUAGCCCUCUUGCUUCCAGCGUGACUGGGUCAAGUUCCCAUGAGGGUGUCCUUGAGCCUGUUGUAAAGAUUACAUUAGAUGGGAAGAUGGGUUAUUCAAGCGGAAGCUCUUUUGUUGUUGAAAUAUCUAACUUGCAUAAAGUGAAAGAAAGCUAUACUAAGGAGUCACUUCAAGUAUAAUGGACAUCUAACCUUGUUAAUUUGACAUUCUAGUUGAUUUCUGGCUUUUAUUCUGUAUGGUUUACAAAGAUCCAUAGAAAACUAGUUGAAGUCCUUCAUUUCCUCCAUCCCAAUAUGUAUAAUUUUGAUUUCUUAUAAGGUUUAAUGGAGUCAUUAGAUGACAAUAUAAACUGGCUUCAGGUAU